UGCGGGUCGCGGGAGGGGUGUAGCGUCGCCAUCACGAUUCUCUCAUUUAUAUUUUUCUUUUGAAUUUAGUCGCUUUUGUAGCAACGCAGAGGUUGGUUGUUGCCGCUCCGCGAAUUAUAAGCUCGGUAAAUUUAAAUCGGUGUGUGACCUCAACUUGUGUGAAGUUUUGUGUGUGACUGCGCCGCUUGUGUUUUCAAAAUGGGGUGUGGAACGAGUUUUGUGAAAUAUGUGCUGUUUUUCUUCAACCUGAUGGUCGCGCUGUUCGGUCUGGCGGUGAUCGGAGUAGGUGUGGCCGUGCUGCUCAAAUGGUCUGUGCUGACUGACUUACUGCGCGGUCAUUUGACCGUCGCGCCCUGGGUGUUCAUCGUGAUCGGCGCGGUCAUGUUCGUGAUCGCGUUCUUCGGCUGCUGCGGAGCGAUACGCGAGAGCCAUUGUAUGGUUGUAACGUACGCGAUCUUCCUGCUAGUGAUCAUCAUCGCGCAAGUGGUGCUGGCAGUGCUGAUGUUCACAUACGGCGAGUCGAUUAAGAACGCGCUCGUGCAGUCCGUCAACGCGCUGUUCGACAAACGUGCCACCGAUACCAGCGUUGAGGCAGUGUUCAGCAACAUCGAGAUGCAGCUGAACUGCUGCGGCAAGAACAGCCCGUACGACUACGGCGUGGCACCCCCCAAGUCGUGCUGCCCGCACAUGGGCGUCAUCGGCAGCACCAUCAACCAGUGCACCGUCAUCGACGCCAACAAGAACGGAUGCGCGACCGUCGUCGGCGACCUGUACGAGAGGUGGAACAAGCCGAUCGCCGGCAUCGCCAUCGGUGUCGCUUGCGUCGAGAUCGUCGGUGCCCUGUUCGCGCUGUGCCUGGCAAACUCCAUAAGGAACAUGGAUAGAAGGUCUCGCUACUAAUAUUUUGUACAUUAGAGCUGGUACCUAUGACACAAUUUUUUGGUUUUUUUUUAUGGCUAUUUGACGGGCUGUGUUCUCACUGCAUGGCGGCGGUUUUCAUUUUAUGUCACGUGAUUUUUUUUUUGGAUAAAUAUAAAAAACUUCGUACUUGCGCUUGCGUUUUUUUUUUAACUUAAAUUUUGUCGAUUGGUGAAAGAUUAAGUGCAAUUUGUACUGGUCGUCUAAAAUUUAAUUAUUUGAAUUGAUAAAAUCAUUUUUUUUUAUUUAAAAAAAGUACAGUACAGUAUGCUUUGAUAGAAAUCGUUGCAUUUCUGUACAAAUAAACAAAAAAUGUUGAUAUUUUUGUAUUUUAUAUUGAUAAAGUUUGCCCAAACAUGUUUUUAUGAUGCAAAAAUCUCGCAAUUUUUUUUUCACUCAAUUCUCUUUACUUAUCCGAGAGCUAUAAUCCAAUGUUUAAAAAUAUUGUAUUAUAUAUAAAGUUUCCAAAGCAAUAAAUAAGUUCGAACCAGAGCUUGACUAAUAAAAGUAUAAAAAAACUCUUGCGCAAGUAUAAUUUUACGCUGUUGAAUCUCACUAAUAAUUUUUGAUUGCAAUAUAUUUUGGAUGUUUGUAUUUUUUAAGAAAUUUAAUCUGUGCUAAUUAAUAUAACGCCAUUUUGUGGCGGUUUUAUGUGGUAUAACAGUAAGUAAAUAGCUUUUUGGAAUAGUAUUUAACAUAACUUUUGAUGCAAAACGCUCUAACUACGUCUUUAUUAGACUUAUACUAGUUAAUUUAACUUUUUCAAGGGAAACUUAUGAUUAAACUUAGUUGACAAAAAACGAUCGAACUCGAUAAUUAUAGUAAACCGAAUUUUCGAAACGAAAUUUUUCAAUAAAUUUAGAUAAAAAAAAAACUGAAUUGGAGGGAUUGAAUAUUUUUGUUAAAUUUCCUCUUUUAUUUUUGGGACAUAUAGUUACGACGUUUUGUAUUUGAAGUACUUUUAUAAUUAAUGUUUUAAUAUUAAAUAUUGUGGUAUAAUUAAAAAAGGUAGUCAAUAUUAUAUUUUUUAUUUAUCAUUUUUUAUCAGGUUUAUCAUUUUAAAUAUUUAAAAUAAUAUCUGAAAUUUAAUUGGCUAAAAUUACAUAAUUAUAUAAAUCUUUAUGUAAUUUAUAACAAAUUUUGAUUUAACAUAAAUAUUUAGUUGUAGAACUUAAAGCACAAUGUAAAGAUAUUUUCUAAAAUGAACACUAAAUAGUGUGUAAUUAAAAGAUUAGAAUUACCAUUCACAUUUGUUUAAAAAUCAUAAUAUUGACUGUCUCUUAUAAAAAUGUAUGAAUCUGAAAUUUUAGUUUUAAAAAAUGCUUGUAUUUGGGUAAAGCUUUACUAACAAAUUAUUUGUGGCGCAAAAAUAACACAUUUGUGUGGGUAGCAUGCAGAAUAGUUUUAUCGUUCGUCCAAAAAUGUAUUUGUGAUUUUGAUUUUUAACUAAUGACUUUUUCCGUUUGCGUUAAGAAAUUAGUUCUCAAUUUUGUGUUGACAUUUUAUUUUUGACGUGUGUCUUAUUUUUUAUAUUACAGUAAAAAAAUACAACUGCACAAUCGUGAUUUUGACGAUAAAAUUAUUCAGCUAUAAUGUCAUAUUUAUUUAGCAUUUAAAAUUAAAUAAUGUUUUGUGUAACACUUGUUAGACUAAAUACGUCUAUGAUCAUAUGAAAAAAAUAUGAUAAAUAUGAUAUGAGCAUAUGAAAAAAAUAUUUUUUGUAAAAUUAUAAUAUAAAAAUAAACAUGUUUUGGCGUUAAUACGAUAUUUUUGAAUUUUUUUGGUUAUUGAUUAAAAACAAAACAAAUCUUGGACAUUUGGAGUGUUACGCAUUCCUAGAAUAAACAAGAAACUACAAAUAAGAUAUAAGUUUUAUACUCUAUAUAUUAGUCUCUUAUUGAUUGAUUUUCUAAAGAUUUUACAAUUUAGUCUAUUUAAUUAUAAAAAAAAAAAUGUUUUUUUUGUUCUCUGUCACUAGACUCAGUAAGUCUUUAUUCAGUAAUAAAAGAAGGAAUCGAUUUUGAUUAUGUUUCUCAUACAUAAUAGUUUAGAGAAAUGAAAAGAGAAUUGAAUGAUACAUUUAAAUGUUGUAUAAAAUUAAACAGAAUAAUACAAAAAUUUAAAUGAGUGCCAAAAAGAUGCUCAUUUAAUUUUAUAUCUACCAUUAGACUUAAAAUCUAUAAAUUGACAAAAGGAUUUGUAAUAAUCUUAAUACAAUUUAUUAAAUAUUUUGUGCCGUAAUAAAUAAUUAUAAAAAUAAAUCAUAUAUUUAAU